CUCGCAGCCCCCGCAGCUCUUGGGCAUCGGGUACACGAGGGGCGGAAGGAGGCUGGCGGUGACUCUGGUCCCCCGGGACCCCACGGCCUGGCCCAGAAUCCGGACUACAGAAAGCCAGCCGCGGCUCUGUGUGUUUGAGCGUGUGUGCGUGGCAGGAUGUCAUUUGUCAGAGUGAACCGUUACGGUCCCCGAGGAGGUGGAAGAAAAACACUGAAAGUAAAGAAGAAGAAAACUCCAGUGAAACAAGAAUGGGAUAAUACUGUGAAUGAUCUAACAGUUCAUCGGGCAACUCCUGAAGAUCUGAUACGUCGUCAUGAAAUACACAAAUCAAAAAAUAGAGCAUUAGUACACUGGGAACUCCAAGAAAAAGCUCUGAAGAGAAAAUGGAGGAAGCAGAAGCCAGAAACUGUGAAUCUUGAGAAAAGAAGAUUGUCUAUCAUGAAAGAGAUUCUUUCCGAUCAAUACCAGAUGCAGGAUGUGCUGGAGAAAUCUGAUCAUUUGAUGGCUGCAGCAAAAGACUUAUUUAUUGAUAUCCCUCGUAAGCGCACAGGGUUUCCGAAUAUAACCAUGGCUCCUGAUUCCUCUCAGGGUCCCAUUGUGGUAAAUCAGGACCCCAUCGCCCAGUCCAUCCUUAACGAAUCUGUCAUAGAGCCUCAGGCUCUCAAUGAAGUAGAUGAUGAAGGAGAAGAAGGAACUGUUAAUAGCCAGUCACAAGAAAGUGAGAAUGAGUUGGAUAAUUCUCUGAACUCUCAGUGUAACGCAAAUACAGACAGGUUUCUCCACCAACUAAAGGAAGAGAAUUCUGAAUUAAUUAGUAAACUGUGGGCAGAUAUUCAGCAGAAAUUAGCAACACAGUCACAGAUAGCAACGCCUCCAAGAACUCCACCAUCUACUCUUCCAACAGGGGAACAAAGAGCUGCUCUGAAUGCUACAGCUGCUGUGAAGAGAAUCCAAAGCAGGCUACAGUCUGAAGACUCCACUGAGACCCUAAACUCCAGCUUUGUUGUGGGACAAGUGCUGAACUCAAGGAAGCAAAAACAGCUAUUAAGUAAAGUGAAAAGAAAACCGGAUUUGCAAACUCCUUCCAAGCAGAAGAAAAACAUGCUAUCGGCCAGCACAACCUCUGCAGACUUACCAAGUAGCAAUAAUUCCAGCCUGGAUGUUCUCAAACAUAUGAUACAUGAAGUGGAGCACGAAAUGGAAGAAUAUGAGCGGUGGACAGGACGUGAGGUCAAGGGACUGCAGAGUGGUCAGGGCCUUACAGGCUUCACCUUGUCCCUGGUCAGCUCCCUCUGUCGCCUCGUCCGGUACCUUAAAGAGAGCGAGCUCCAACUGCGUAAGGAAGUAGAGACGAGGAAGCACCUGGAGCAAGUGUUAGGCGAGCACCGCGAGCUCAUCGACGCUCUGACGGCCGAGAUUCUGCUGCUCAGAGAAGAACACACCACCACACAAGCAAGACUUCAGCAGUACAUGGUCACAACAGAUGAGCAACUGAUAUCACUCACACAUGCCAUAAAGAACUGUCCUGUGAUAAAUAACAACAGACAAGAAAGCCAGGCAUCGGAAAGGGGAGCCACCAGUAGAAAAAUCGCAGACAGUCCGGGUACAAAUAACCUCUCUUCUUCAGAGGGCCCAGUUGUAAAUGCAAAUGUCUCUGUGCCAUUAAUGUUCAGAGGGGAAGAGGUGGCAGAGUUCCCUCAGGAAGAGUUGCCUGUCAAACUGUCUCAGAUGCCACACCCCACAGAUAGCAUGAAUCUGGCCAACAGUUUCCCAGCACGCAUUUUUGAGCCGGCUGUGUUAUUAACACCACCUAGGCAGAAGAGCAACUCAGAAUUCUCUCCUCUGCAGGACGUAUUGAGGAGAACUGUUCAGACUCGUCCUGCUCCACGAAUUCCCCCAACCGUGGAAAUAAUUGAGAAGGAACAAAAUUGGGAAAAGAAGACUUUGCCUAUUGUUACAGACGUUCAGAAUUCAACUGAAGAGAGUCGUCUCUUUACCCAGAGGUGGAGAGUCUCGCACAUGGGAGAAGACCUGGAGAACAAGACCCAGGCUCCGUUUGUUAACCUCUCACAGCCCGUAGGCAGUUCCCAUUCCACCACUCAGCAGCUGAGAAACCCCGUGUUCUCAGAAGAGCCCCCAGGCCCCGGAGAUGGGCAGCAGCUUAGAACGAACGAAGCGUUAACACAGAGAAAGGACAUAAUGGCACGGAUUGCUGAGCUGACGCUGCAGAAUUCCGUGAUCAAGGCCCAUCUGAAUAAUAUCGCUGGGCCGGGAGGAGAACAAGGGGAUGGACUCCGGGAGUCGACCCUGCAGGAAAGUGCAGGCGAUGUGACUGCGGCUUUUGCAGUUGCGCCAUCUCUAACACCAAGCAGCAUGGAGGAACGGAUUGCAGAAUUGAAUCGACAGAGUAUGGAGGCUCGUGAGAAACUACUACAGUUGAUAGAGCAGCAGAAACUGGUAGGAUUAAAUGCUACUUCUCCACCAGUGUCACCUGCUCAGUCACCUCUCAGAGCAUGGACUGAAGGAGGAAAGAGGACAAUUGAGGUAUCUAUUCCAGGAGCAGAAGUCCCAGAAAGCUCAAAAUGUAGUACUGUGUCUCCUGUCAGUGGGAUAAAUACAAGAAGAUCUUCAGGGGCUACUAGUAAUUCUUGUUCUCCAUUAAAUGCCACCUGUGGAAGUGGGCGACUCACACCUCUUAAUCCAAGAGCAAAGACUGAGAAACAAAAUGAAGAAGGCUGGUUCGCUCUUUCUACCCAUGUGUCAUAAGUGAAGUCAAGUUUUACAGAGUUUGUCCUCAAUAUUUUAUUCCUGAAUUUCCACUCCUCUUU